AUGCUGCCACAGAACAUUAACCAAGCAGCUAGCAUAGCAGAGAACAUAGUAAUGUUCCGACCAAAAGCAGAAACCACGUGGAAAGACGGCACUCGUGGCGAAUGGCAGGGGAGGCAGAUCAUACGCUCGACAAACAAUUCCAUGGUUACAAGGUCAAAGGGACUGCGCUGUGGCUCGAAAACCUACACAGGGUGGAUGCAAUAUUUUCCACUGGCCUCUGUCGGGCUGUUUCAAGGCAGAUUUCGUUGUUCCACGCGAUUUCAACCGCGCUUUUAAACGUUAAUAAUAUUACGGCUGUAAAAAGUGAUUUACUGGCCUUCGAAGUUCCUUUAUUGCUGUCACGAGUCGGUAGAAAUCACAAACGUUUCUAGGACGAAUCUAAAAAUGAUGUAAAGUAAAUUAGCUAUUUAAUGGCCGGUAAAAUUAUAUUCGAGAAAAACAAUGUACUUCGAAAAAUGUGCACGGAACUCUUUGGAGAGUGAUAAUCGUUUUCUUGGUCACUACCCUCGACGUGGUGACCUAUUUGCCCGCGUAGGCGAAUAUCGAUACUCGUCAUUUUCACGCCGCGGAAGGCAGCCCUAUCCCCUAGUUCCCGAAUCGUUUUCUGUUAUUUCCAUAUUUCAAAUUUCAAUCUCGAAAUUCCCCUCCACCUCGCCCUUCUUCGCGUGUGCUCGCACACGAACGGACUGAAACUUUUCGUACUCGGAACCCACAUAGGGACACGCGAAAUUGAACUUCGUACGAAUACACACGGACCUAACGGUUACACCAACGAACUCGGGAACGUUGUUGUAUCUGUACGACACGCUAACUCGAUAAAGCUACAAGCUGAACCGACGUUGUGUGCGAACAAAUCAGGGGAGUUUAGAGGUCUGUACGAAGGUCUUAGCUGCGCUCGCGAUGCAGAAAUAUUGGAAACGCGUGGAUUAAGUAGGCCAUGUAACGCAAUUGCCAUGAAUUUACAGGCUGGUACUUGAACAAUGCUAUUUUACGUUGUCAGUUAAUUGUUCUAACCCAAAUUUAAUCGAAAUGAGACUUGUAAGAGUAUAUUUUAAAGUAACUUGUUUAGUUAUUCGUCGUACAAGUUAUUUUUUAGUAUCUAUCCAUUCCCGAUUGAAAAACUAACAGUUGUUUAGAUUAAAAAAUAAAAUCUACCUAUACUAAUUCUUUGAACUUAAUAUUCAUGAUUUGUUAGAAAAUUAUAGAAAUCUCCUAGAUUCAAAAUUCAAUCUGUCCGUUCCAGCAUGCAGAAUUUGGUAUUUAUCUUCCAUUACAAAUCUAUAGAAAUCUCCGCUUUCCUAAAAAUUAAUCUAUCCAUUUGUUUUAUAAUUUUCGUACAAUACGGCGUCAAAGGCACCGCAAGAUCACCCCAACGUGUUCAUAAUGCGUGUAUACCCUGACGAGGGAGGAAGUUGAGAAGACGCAAUCGUGAAGAAAGAGGAGAACGUGCGAUAGGACGAGGAAUGUGGAGGAUCGUGAUAGACGAGGAAAGAGGUUGGCGAACAAUCCAUAUAUGCAGAUCCGAGAUUUGCAAGAGGUGGCCGGCUUCGAUUCUGGGCUCGAAGUUAUUAUCACAUAUAUUAGAUAACUGACCCUGCUACCCCUUGCUGCCACCUUUCUUCUAUCACUAUACGUCUGUUGGCGUGUGUGGCUGCCGCAUUUCGCCCACCCCCGUACCUUCUCGCCCGGCAGAUACAAUAUCGUGCCGGCUGAACCGCGCGGUUAUGGUAAGAACCCUUUAUUGUUUUAUAUUGUUUCCAAGCUGCCUUUAUUAUAUGGCCAGAGCAGCCAUCUCCUCCUCUACUCUUCCUCUUCUCUCUUUUCCCUCCUUCCUCGUCGUACCGUAGUGCCGGCAGAAUCAAAAUAAAAUUGCCGUGAACGUGCGCGCUAGUAUUAUACGAAGGAUUAGGAGAUGCGCAAGGGGAUGCUAGGCAAGAAUCAAACUUCGCUGAGAAUCAAAUUUAGUCGGAAACCAGAUCUAACAAAAAUAGGAAAUGAUAAUUUCAAUUACUAACGUAUGAUUACUUGAUGGAUGAUUCGUUAGAGCUUCGAAAUUACCUCUCUGAUCCCUUAUUAAUUGCUUAUAUAAAAUUUGAAUGUAGCUUAUUGUUGACUAUACCACACCUCCAAAUACUUAUCAUUUACUAUUAUACAUCGCGACCUUAAGAUACUCACAGUUAAAGAAGAAAUAUCCAAAUUCAGUAACAGAUCUAAUAUAAGAGUUAACAACCACUAAAACCCAUUAGUUGCCCAAUUACUUGACACGACAGAUCAGAUCCGCAGACUAAAAAGACACUACCCUUUAGAUC